AUGUCAUCUGAAGACAUGUUCAAGCAUUACAAGGCUGCUGCUGCAUCUUCUGGAAAAAAGAGCAAGAGGUCUCGAGGGGAGAGUAGUAAAACCGCCUCAAAGAAGGCUCGAACCGAGGACCCUCCAGCCACUGUCCCUUCGAAGGAGAACACACCACCUCCAUCGCCACUCGAGCAGCCGGCCUCAACUCCUCUGGUCGACCAACAUUCCACUCCUUCAACACCCGUCGACCAACAGCCUACUCCUCAGGGAUUACUGACCAUGACCGCUGGUUGGCGCCGUGCUGGGGCGAUGGUGUCCCGGGCCAAAAACUUCGACACCAGGCUUGCUGAGGCUAAGAAAAUGCUCGAAGAGAAAAAUGCUGAGUUGCUCGAGAAGAACAAUGAGCUAACUAAACAUAACGGCGAGUUGCUUGAGAAGAGUACGGAGCUGUCUAAGAAAAAAGAGGAACAGCUCGAGCAAAAAGCCACUCUGACCGAGGAGUUGCUGGAGGUUCGGGACGGCUUGAAGAAAUCCAACCAAGACAAAGAAAAGUUCAGGGAAAGCACCAAACUCAACUACCAACAAGCCGCACAACUCGAGCUUGAUUUGAUUACGAGCAGGCAGGAAACGGAGGAGCUAGAAAAGCGCAUGAAGGAUCUUGAGGAAGAAGAAGAGAGGGCUAAAGUACCUGCUUCCCCAGAGAUCUCUCUGGCAAUAGGGAUAGAUGGUGCAGACAAUGAAGCUAGCGCAGAUGUCGACCAGGACGUUCCUCAAGACCCUCCAGCCCCUUAG